CAUGAUGUUAGGCUCCUACCAUAUUUCUACUGUAAAGUAGGUAAACAUCGGCCAGUGUAGUUGGGCAGUAAAAGGAAACAGAAGUGGUUCGAAAAAGAAAUAAUCAAAAAUGAGGAAUAUUCUUAUUAUUGCGCUGUUCUCGCUGGCUGUGGUCCAAAUUUUUGCCGACGAUAAAUUGGAAUGCUAUCAGUGCGAGCCAGUGACACAGGAAUGUACCGUUGAAAAGGCGAACGUGGUGCCUUGUGGCACUUACAGCACCUCAAAGUGCAGCAAACAAGUGAAAAAAGGUUCAAGUGAUGCAAGCAAAGCUAUUAGGAAAUGUGUGGUUCCGGACAAAAACGGCCAAGUUUUGUGUCCAGAUAAUUACGAUUGCACCAACUGCAACAGCGACCAAUGCAAUUCCGGAACAAAUAUGAAAGUGACUUGGUUCAGUUUGGCAGCCGUUUUUUUCACCGCUUUGUAUAUUUAAACGAAGUGUAAAUAAAUGUAAAUGAAAUAAACUUUUGGAACUGG